CUGUGUAAACACCUUGAGGCUUAGGCUGCAAGCUGCACUGCACCCAUGGGCUCCCAGGGGUGAGGACUUGGGGGGGUGUCUUUGCAGCAGCUGGAGAGCACUGCCUGACCCCACCGGCAGCCAGUGGUUCAGGAGAAGUCAGGAAGCAGGGCAGGAUUUUCCGCAAUCCAAGCUGAAGGGGCGACGUUGCUCUCCAGGACAAGGAAGCCGGCAUCUGCCAUGGAGCUAACCCCAAAAGACACCAUCUAAGUUAACACACCCCUCCAGGUGCCAAGAAGUGCCACGCAGACCGGCCCCUGGAAAUCAAAGGGCGAACAGGCCGCUACCGACCAUCCUGCAAGCUCGCUCUCCCCCUGGUCCCGGUCCCUGCUUGGCAUUGGGCCCCUCCCCCAAUUUAGGAAAUGGGGAGGUCUGACCCAGAGGAGAUCCUGCCGCCAGCUUCGGUGAAGCCCCCAGAUGGUGGCUGGGGCUGGAUAGUGCUGCUGGGCUGCUUUGUGAUCACCGGCUUCUCCUAUGCCUUCCCUAAGGCAGUGAGUGUCUACUUCAAGGAGCUGAUGCGUGACUUCCAUGUGGGCUACAGCGACACAGCCUGGAUCUCGUCCAUCAUGCUGGCCAUGCUGUAUGGUACCGGGCCUGUGAGCAGCAUCAUGGUGAACCAAUUUGGGUGCCGGCCUGUGAUGCUUGUCGGAGGACUCCUGGCAUCUGCUGGUAUGAUCCUAGCCUCUUUCACCACCAACAUUAUUGAGCUGUACCUGACGGCUGGCAUGUUGACAGGCCUCGGUAUGGCUCUGAACUUCCAGCCCUCCCUGAUCAUGCUGGGCACCUACUUUGACAAACGUCGACCUCUGGCCAAUGGGCUUGCUGCAGCUGGGAGCCCUGUCUUCCUGUCAGCCCUCUCUCCACUGGGGCAGGUCUUGCUGGAGAAGUUUGGCUGGCGAGGAGGGUUCCUCAUCAUGGGAGGGUUGCUGCUCAAUUGCUGCACCUGCGGAGCCGUCAUGAGACCCCUCGAGGCUGGCAUGAAGCGGAAGAUGGAGAGAGUUCAGGACAAAUAUGAAGCCAAGGAGAUGCUGCCCAUUGGGGACAAAGCAGAGGAAGCCAUAAGCACCACUGAUGGAGCCAAGUCAAAGAAAACCAAAAAGAAGCAGCCCCGGAAAGGGAAGAAGCUCUUGGAUUUUUCUAUCUUUUCCAACCGGGGGUUUGUCAUUUACUCCAUUGCUAAGUUCAUCCUGGUCCUGGGCCUCUUUGUGCCUCCUAUUUUGCUGGUCAACUAUGCCAAAGACAUAGGCGUGCCAGACACAGAAGCUGCCUUCCUGCUGUCCAUCAUUGGCUUCAUCGACAUCUUUGCCCGCCCAUCAUGUGGAAUGCUGGCUGGGACAAAGUGGAUGCGUCCCCAUAUAGCCUACUUAUUCAGCUUUGCUAUGCUCUUCAAUGGCCUGACAGACAUCUUCAGUGCCAGGGCUAACAAUUACACGGCCCUGGUCAUCUUCUGUAUCUUCUUUGGCAUCUCCUACGGCAUGGUAGGCGCACUGCAGUUUGAGGUGCUCAUGGCCAUUGUUGGAUCCCAGAAGUUCUCCAGUGCCAUUGGGCUAGUCCUACUCAUCGAAGCCUGUGCUGUGCUCAUUGGACCACCCUCUGCAGGACGCUUGGUGGAUGCAUUCAAGAACUACGCCGUCAUCUUCUACAUGGCUGGUUCAGAGGUUGUUGUCUCUUCCCUCUUCCUGGGCAUGGCCACCUUCUGCUGCCUGAAUCAGGGGAAAAAACCACCCCAGCCAGAAAAGACCCCUUCGGCCGGGGGUGGCAGUGACACCGAAGAGGCAGAGUCAGAUGUGCAGGAAGUGGAAGAUCACGCCGGUGACAACCACCACCUGUCCCACAGCACCAGUACUGCUGUCAUCAUCGACAGCGAUGCGGCGAACCAUGUAGCAGAGGAUCGUAGUGCCGAUGGGGUCGAGCAGCCUGCGGGUGAGGGGGCAAUGCCAGCCCCAGGGGAAGGCGACUCUGGCCAGACAGUGGAGAGAGAGAGUUUUUAG